AUGAUGCUCGCCAGCUCUUUGCACUGUCUUCUACAGCAGAAGAACAGGGGAUAAUGCCAGAUGAUCUAGCCAAUGUGAUCAGAAGAUUAUGGACUGAUGGAGGUGUUCAGGCGUGUUUCAGUCGUUCCAGAGAAUAUCAGCUGAAUGACUCUGCUGCCUAUUACCUAAAUGACUUGGAGAGGAUAUCAGAUUCCGGUUACGUUCCAACUCAGCAGGAUGUGCUAAGAACAAGAGUAAAGACCACUGGCAUUGUAGAAACUCAUUUCACUUUCAAGAAACUUCAUUUCAAAAUGUUUGAUGUUGGUGGGCAGCGUUCUGAGAGAAAGAAGUGGAUUCAUUGUUUUGAGGGAGUAACUGCCAUCAUCUUCUGUGUGGCUCUUAGUGCGUAUGACCUGGUCUUAGCUGAAGAUGAAGAGAUGAACCGUAUGCAUGAGAGCAUGAAGCUGUUUGAUAGCAUCUGUAACAACAAAUGGUUUGUCGAAACUUCCAUCAUUCUGUUCCUUAACAAGAAAGAUCUGUUUGAAGUGAAAAUAACACAAAGCCCACUGAACAUCUGCUUCCCUGAAUACACAGGAGGCAACAACUAUGCUGAAGCAGCUGCAUACAUUCAGACAAAAUUUGAAGACUUGAACAAGAAGAAAGAGACCAAGGAAAUAUACACUCACUUUACUUGUGCCACUGACACAGAGAAUGUUCAGUUUGUGUUUGAUGCAGUUACAGAUGUUAUCAUCAAGAAUAACCUUAAAGACUGUGGUCUCUUCUAAUAGGGGGCCCAUCCUGCUGAUUUUUGUCUGAAGGAUUACUUGAACAUAUUCUGUAAAUGGAAGAUUGUGAUGGAAGGACUGCAUUAUGAAACAAAUUUAGCUUCUAAUGUUCCCAUUGUAUUUUUAUUAUCAAAGACUGAUAUCUUAAAUGCCUUGCAAGCUUUCAGAGAACAGCUUCAUCUCCCAACAAUGGUUCUACUAUUUAAAAUGGUUAUGUUAAGACUACAAGUUUUGGUUUCCUAUAAAUGCCUUACUUUUUUGUGGUUGACUAAAGAUUGUAAUUAUUACAAUAUUUUUACUUUUGUAGCAGUCAAAAGGACCUAUUUUUAAUGCAUUUUGCAUACUUUUUAAACCUCUUUUUAAUGUGGAUGUUUAAUGUUUGAAUACUUAACGUUCUAAAUCAAGUUCAACAAGAGAACCCACUUUCUGAAUGUUUACAUCUAGUUGCAUUCCUUGUGGAAAAAUGCAGAUUUGCUGACUUACUACUGUCGGUGUCUUGUCGCACGCCUGGUAGUGUUGCAUUUUGCAUAGGCCAGCAUAACAUUCCUUUCUGAGAAUUAAGAAAAAUUAUGGCUCAAUUACUUUGCUUCAAAAGCUGUUUUCACUAACCUAUUUAAAAUGUAAAGUAAAAUGGUUAUAUUGUUACUGAUAAUGGCAUUUCUGCAGUAAAUUUUGUGCCUUGAUAUCUGUAUGUUUACAUAUGUUUCAUUAAUAUUAAUAGUGUUCAGAAAUGUUGACUAUUCCUCACUUUUAAAUCAAAUUAACCAAAAAACUACAAAAUCUACAGUAGAAUAUAGUACAGCUGCUGGAGAACUUUUUAGAUGGGUAGUUUUCAUUACACUUUGAACAGCUUCUAUCACUUUGCUUCUUAACUGUUUUUAAAAGACUUGUACAUUUUGUGACCAUAAGUUAAAACUAUCCACAACAUUUCCAACAUUUUUUUUUGCACAAUUGGUUUGUUAGGUAGUUUUUAUGGAAUCAUUUGUAGAUGAUGAGGCCUCACAGAAAGAAGGUUCAAAUCUUCCCAAUCAUGCAAUCUUAGGGUAAACAUCCUUGUAAACUUUCCCCAUUAAUGAACAGAGACCGUGUUUGCUGUAUACUGUAAUUUGUCAUUUUCAUAGUUAAUAAAAUGAAAAAAAACAUGAGUGGAUGUUUUGCAUUCCAUCCUGUUAAGUUAAAUAGUCCAAAACACUUAAUUGGUUGGGGACAACUGUACAUGCAUACGAGUAUCCCGAAGAACCAUCAAAGCUUCCCAUAUAACCUUUUGACACACAACACUGAUUUGUAGUGUGCAUGUUAAGAUGUGGGAAUUGCAGAUCACCAUGUGAAUAACUUGCAAUGAAAUAUUUUGCAGGAAAUGUCAGGAGGUAUUUAAUGUUAAAAAUGGUUAGCCUGUCUCAGGAGAGACAUUAUUGCACACGUUUCAGUCACAAAUCUUUCAAAAGUUUUUAAAUCUUAUUAGGUGCACCCUAAAAUUGAAAUUUUGUAGAGCCACCAUAUUCCUGCCAUGUAGUACUGACAUACUUCCAGUAUGCCCAAACUCUUGUUUAUUGGGUGUUCUGAUCAUGCUUUUAGUUUUGAUCAGAUUUUUAUAACCCUUAUCAUAUCCAGAAAAUGUCUGAGGUUUUUGUAUUGCCUUUUAGGAGGUGUGAGCUUUAAUUUAUAGAUUGCCUGUACCUUUCAUCCAUCCAUCCAGAAAGUUGAUUCUUUCCAAGUAAACUAUCACAAAAUAAUGACAAAAAUGGCCUUUAGUAACCCUCAUUCUGUCAUUUAUGUCAGAAUUCUCACUUCCAGGCAAGUCUGUAUUGUAUGUCUAAUAUCUGAUUAAUUUGGAUUUGACUAGAGUUUUUGUUGUCAGGAAUAUUCAAGAAUACAUGGAAUAGUCUCUGGGACAUUUUUGUGAUCGGAGGUAUAGGGAAGCAGACUUCAUGUAAACUGAAUUUAUUUUCAUAUAGGUUCAUAGGUUGGUACUAACCAGCGGCCCUAGGGCCUAUACAAGCCUAGCCAUAACAAUUUCCUGGCUAUUUCUUCCCACAAUAUUUACUUCCCUGGACCCUGUCUAGCAGGGUGACUGAUGUGAUCCCCAGGGUAAAUUUCCUGUCUCCCAUCCAUGUAUGGGGGUUUGUUGUACAGCCUGACCGGGUCAUAGGAAUUUACUUAAUGGCAGUGUUAAUAUGUGUGUAUAAUGAACCUCUUUUCUAGGGUGUUACUUGAGUUUUGAAAUGUACUGAAUUAGCUGCAUAAGGCUAAAUUAAAAUAACUAUUAGAUUA